AUAGUUCUGUUCAGUAGUUGUCGAACAGUCGCAUCUCUCAGUCGCUCAGCGGAUGUCACACCAGAAGAACAAGACACAUAUCCACGAGAUAUACUCUCACGUAGUCGCAGAAUAGAAAGUAUCCGCGAGAUACACGCGGCUCUAAGUGAAUAUAAUUGAAGACCAAGUGAUAUAAAUAGUGGAAUAAACUCUUUUCUCAGACGCGACACGUGCCGGGCACACUUUCCCUCGGAACUGCAAUCAAACGGCGGUGGCAAUUAAUUAGGAAACAGAACACACUCACCUGUGGGUGAGAGCUUUAGCGAUGAGCUGCCUGCACUUGAAGAACUUCAAAAGCGCCAAGUGGUCGCAAUCCUUACAAAGGAGUUAAGCAGCUGAAUAUCACAACACCAUAAAGACACAAUACACUUAAAUCCAUUUCUUGGAAAGAAUUGUGCAACUUUAGUCUAUCGAAGAGUGGUUUAAAGCAGGCAUGCCAAGAAUGCCACCAUUUAGGCAUUUGGUGGUAGUGCUGCUGCCAGUGGUGCUGGUGGUGCUCUUCCUGGCAGAUCCCUCGCUCGCCCAGCGACCGCUGAUCAUGAACCACACCUUCAGCUCGCUGCCGAUGUCCCAGCAUCCGAGCUUCAACAGUUGGCCAGGUGCAACGGGUGGCAAGCAGUUGCGGAACGGCAGACUCCACGAGCAACCGCUUCCAUUGCCACAGCCCACUUCGCCGUUGGCCACGCAGUACGAGGAUUACGAGAGCUUGGCGCCAGGUUCGCGGAAGGACAAUAAACGGCGCCUGGCGCAGUUGGCUCAACGUCCCGGGAGUUUGGGAGGCGGUCGAGGUGGCAUGGAAUCGUUGCGAAAGGAGCUAAGGAAUCCUUCCAUCGGCGGUCCUGGUGGAGGAAUCUCCGGCGGCAGUGCGGGUUAUCCUUCCUACUCGGCAACCUCUUCCAUUGGAAGGAUCGAUGGCUUGGGUCAGGGAAUAGGAUCUGCGGAUCGUUAUGGCGAACAGCUACGACAACCGAGUGGAAUGGCCGCCAUGACGGCAGGUCCUUCGGGUGGACCCUACUCCACCAGGUUUCCCCUCUACGCGGGAGUAGAUGACCAGCCGAAGAGAUCCAACUGGAAGAACUCCAUCAGCGAACUGUACAAACUGAAGAAGGCUUUAAACCAGGCCGACGAACCUGCUGGCGGGGUGACACACGGCAACUUCGAGGGAGAUCCACAACCCUCAUCGGCGGAUCCGCUGCAGGAGAUCAAGGACCGCAUCCGAGAUACCUCUCCAAAUGCGAACACCUACGCCCCUCACACGGAUGCCACGCCCUCGUCGGAGUACGAGUACGAACUGGGCGUGAAGUGCAACUUCGAGACGCAGUGCAGCUGGUCGUGGGUGGACUAUCCGGAUGGCUUUCAGAUCAUGACGGGCACGGAGUUGGCCAAGCGGAAUCUCACAGGACUUCUGCCAGGACCUGCAGCAGAUAGCAUCGACGAUGCCAACGGGCACUUCCUGUACGCCCGGGUGAACCCAUCUUCCAGACCUCUGAAUCUCACCUCCCCGGAAUUCAGCACCACGAUGGAGAAGUGCUUCCUGGAGGUGUACAUGCACCAGAGCGACAUGAGCCACGGACUCUCGAGGGUUGUGGUGGAGCCGCUCCACACGGCGGAGAGCAGUUGGGUUCCCGCCGAGAUCCUCGGAGACAAUGUGCGCCAGUGGACCAGAAAGGUAUACCGACUGGGUCGAGUUUCCCGCGACUUUCGCAUCGUUUUCGAGGUGGUUCCCGAUCUGCGAGCUGGCCAGAAAGGUCAUGUGGCACUGGACAAUCUGCGCAUGGUUAACUGCUUCCCCGAAGGCACAAAAUCCGAGAAGUGCAGCACUUCGCAGGUCAAGUGCACAGCCAAUAAGGUUCCAGUUUGCAUUCACCUGCCAAGGAUUUGCGACAUUACCAGGGACUGCGAUGAGGCGGAGGAUGAACAGCAGUCAUGUGAUAAAAUCCCCUAUGGCGGUCGCUGUGACUUCGAGGAGGACUGGUGUGGCUGGCGUGAUUCCGGAAAGACGACGCUCACCUGGUCACGGCACACGGGAUCCUCUCCAACCCACGACACUGGACCGGAUGGCGAUCACACCAUGCAGCACCUGCAGAGCAACACCAGCGGUUACUACAUGCUGGUGAACAUGAACCAGCACCAGAACAACACGGAGAAGAACUCGAUCAUUGGAUUCGCUAGCAAUGCCAUCAUGGUCAGCAAGACCUUCAAUCCGCCACCCUCGGUGCAUGGAAAUCCGGACUCUCCCUAUCGCAACUCCUGUGUUGUGAGGUUUUUCAUCCAUCAGUUUGGUAAAAAUCCCGGUAGCAUCAAUCUCUCCGUGGUUGAGAUGAAGGAGAAGGAGAACAUCACCACGACUCUUUGGUGGAGCACUAAAAAUCAGGGUAGCGAUUGGCUCAGGGCGGAGUAUGUACUACCUAAUAUAACGUCCAAAUACUAUCUGCAAUUUGAAGCUCGCAUGGGCAUGAGAAUCUACUCGGAUGUGGCUGUAGAUGACUUCUCGCUAAGUCCUGAAUGCUUUGGGCUAAAUAUACCAGAAGAUCACCUUGGAGGAUACAACUACUGGGAUGUUCGACAGAAUCUAAAGAGUCCCACUUACAAAGACUUUGAAUAUACUAACUAUCUUGAGCUAACUAGUUGCGACACUCGUGGCAUGAUAGGACCUUCCCAAGCUCAAUGCGAAGCUGCCUACAAGGAGCAGAAUAAAACGCAUGUCCUUCGGGAAGUCCAUGUGGUAGAGGACCAAAGCAGCUACAAGGGCAUGCAAAAGUGGAAGGUUCCUCACGAGGGUCACUACACAAUCAUUGCCAAGGGAGCUAGUGGAGGAUUGGGUUCCGGUGGCGUUGGCAGUUCUCGAGGAUCGGUGGCUGUGGCUGUUCUGGAGCUCCACAAACACGAAGAACUUUAUUUCCUGGUUGGCCAGCAAGGCGAGAAUGCCUGCAUAAAAUCAAUGGGAGUCCUGAAAGAACCUGGUUGCGGAACCGAUCACGACUUGGAUUUGGGUCAAUACAGCUUCCGUUCCAAGCAGGAUAUGGUGAAGAAUAUCUACAUCGAGAAUGGAGCAGGUGGUGGCGGUGGUGGAUCCUACGUGUUCCUCUUGAACCAGGCCAAAAACGAAGCAGUGCCUCUUUUGGUAGCAGGAGGUGGAGGAGGCCUUGGAAUCGGUCAGUACAUUGAUGAGGACUUCCAACAUGGCCAGAAGGCGAAACCCAAUCAACCGCCGGAAAGCGGACAGAUCAAUGGUGAACCUCUGAACAAAAAGACAGCUGGUCCUGGCGGAGGAUGGAGAGCCAAGGAGGACCAGGCCUUGAGUCCCACCAAUGGAGCCGCCUUACUCCAAGGAGGUCGUGGUGGUCACUCCUGCUACGUGGAACUGGCCGACAAUGGAACCUCUGUGCAUCGUCAUGGUCAAGGAGGGUUUGGUGGAGGCGGAGGUGGUUGCAAUACGGGAGGAGGAGGUGGUGGCUACGCUGGCGGAGACGUCUAUCUAACCGAAUCGAAUGGCGAGGGAGGCAGCUCCUACAUCAGUCCGAGUCGAAGUCUCCGGGAGAUCAGUGAUAUCCAUGCGGGUGCCAGUAGUGGACCGGGUGCCAUCAUUAUUAUUCCUGCAAUUGAGGGAUGUGGAUGCGACUACAGAUGCGUCGCCUUGGACGAGUUCCGCUCGAAGGUGCGCUGUAUCUGCCCCGAUGGCUGGAGUCUGAAGAGGGACAACCACACCGCCUGCGAGAUCCGCGAGGAGUCGGGCAAGUCCUCCUUCCAGUACCUCGUCUCCAUCCUGAUGAUCUCCUUGGCCGUGCUCUUCAUCUGCAUUGCGGCGCUCAUCUUUAUGCUGUACAAUCGCUAUCAACGAAAGAAGCAAUCGAAGAAGCGCCACAAGAUGCUCGUGGAGCAGGACCUACAACUGACAAGAUUGCGAAACAACAUCGACGACUCCAACUUGAACAACUUCAAUCCGAACUACGGAUGCGAUGGCAUCCUAAAUGGUCACAUUGAUGUCAACAGUUUACCACAAGUGGCUCGCGAUAGUCUUCAGUUGGUCAAUGCCCUUGGCAAAGGAGCUUUUGGCGAGGUGUAUAUGGCACUGUAUCGCCAUCGUGAUGGUGAUGCCGUUGAAAUGGGCGUGGCAGUAAAAACCCUCCGCGAAGAUCCCAAGCGGGAAAAGGAGGAGGACUUCCUGAAGGAGGCGGCCAUCAUGGCCAAGUUCAAUCACCCGAAUAUGGUGCACUUAAUAGGCGUCUGCUUCGAUCGUCAGCCGUACUAUAUAGUGCUCGAACUUCUCGCUGGCGGAGAUCUACAGAAGUUCCUGAGGGAAAACCGCAACACCCCGGAACGACCUUCUCUUUUGACCAUGAAGGAUCUGCUCUUCUGCGCUUUGGAUGUGGCAAAAGGAUGUCGCUACAUGGAGAGCAAACGGUUUAUCCAUCGGGACAUCGCCGCCAGGAACUGUCUGCUGAGCAGCAAGGGUCCUGGCCGCGUGGUGAAGAUCGCCGACUUCGGAAUGUCCCGGGACAUCUACAGAUCGGACUACUAUCGCAAGGGAGGCAAGGCCAUGCUGCCCAUCAAAUGGAUGCCGCCUGAAGCCUUCCUCGAUGGCAUUUUCACCUCGAAGACGGACGUCUGGUCCUUCGGCAUUCUGCUGUGGGAGGUCUUCAGUCUAGGCCGUUCGCCAUAUCCCGGCCAGCACAACACCCAGGUGAUGGAGCUGGUGGUGCGGGGCGGACGUCUGGGGUCACCCACCGAGUGUCCGGUCUCCAUAUACAAGGUCAUGGCCGACUGCUGGAACCCCACGCCCGAAGAUCGGCCCACCUUCAUCAGCCUGCUGGAACAUCUGACCGCCUGCACGCAGGAUGCGAGCAUAAUGAAUGCCCCGCUACCCAAUAUCCUGGGACCCACGGCCUCCGAGCGGGACGACACGGUCAUCCGGCCGCCGAAUGGCGAGGAGUUCUGUCUGGCGGUGCCGGACUACCUGGUGCCCCUUCCCCGUGGCAGCAGUAAUCCCUCGGUGGCCAGCGGUUCGGGUUACGUUCCGGAAUCGCAGCGCCAGCAGAUGAGCUCCUGCACCCCGCCGGCGGUGACAUCCCCCGCAGCUCCGCAUCCCAGGCCGGUGGAGAACCACGCCCCUACCAGCGGCGACUGCUGGGAGACGUCAUUUAUUUUGCCCAAGUCCAAGGUCGAACCACCGGUGGCUGGGAGUGGCCACGAUGUUCCGCUGGCCGCCGGCGAGGAGGCGAAACUGAUCAGCUUGGACACACCACAACCCACGCCAACAACCAUCCAACCUCCUCUGUCCUUCGCCUCCCAGCUGGAUGGGAUUACGCUGGAUCCCUCGGCGCUGACCAAGGGAUUGCCCAAUGGCAGUGCCAAGCAGUCGUACGCGAAUGUCCAGGUGAAGAGCGAUGCGGAGGGCAAGGUCACCAAUGGAACGGUGGCCAAUGGAACGGUGAUGAACGGGGAGGUCUCUACGGGAUCGGGUGGUGCCGAUUCACCCUUCACCAUCCAGGGAUACGCGGAGCGGUACAAGGACAACAACAAUCAUUCCGAAAUCAGUUGUUAAGAGCUCACAGAUAAAGGGUGUUCUCAAGUCAGAAUUAUAAUACCCAAGUCAAAGAUUGAAUUUUUAUUUUUUUUAUUAAUAUUAAAACUUCAAACAUUUGUAAAGAUUUAUAAAAUCUUUAAACAAAAAAAGGAGAAGUGUGGAAUUUUUGAAUUUAAAUUCAAAUAAUCUUGACUGGAGAAUUAUAGUACCGAUUUUAGGAAGCUCUUUUUCGCUCAGUGUAAGCGCCGCUAUGCCCAAGAGUUCGUCUUGUUUUGGGGCAAUCACAAUUUGCUUGCGCCUCACCAGCGCAUUAAAUAUAUUAAUUCUCGAUCCAUAAUGAGAGAAAAACAAAAAAUUGGGAUAACAAAAACCGAGUGAGAACUUCACAAAAAAAUUGUAUUGUAAUUUAAUCUUAAAUUUGUAUUGCGUAAAAACCAAAAAAAAAAAGUCGGAUUACAAAAAAAAGAAAACUGCAAGUAACACAUAAACUUAGUUGAAAUAAAUAGUUUAGUUUUUUACCAGGUAUUAGUUUUGCGAUAAAAAGAAAAAGUCUAAUUGAGUAAAACGAAAUUGUGCGAGAGGUUGUAUAUAUUAAUUGUAUCUAAGUUUUACAAUUACCUUAACAUUAAUUUAAAUAUUUUUUUUAUACCCUUAGUUACAUGCCCUUAGUUAACGUUUUAAGCUGAUGACUGAAAUGCCAAACAAUAUUCCUAAAGUAAAAAAUUAAAAGAGCGAAACGUUAGUUUAUUUUUAAUACGCAGUCCAGAACCGGGAACCAAGAUGCCAACUCAAAGUAGUUCAAAUUUCAACGCAAACAGCUCGAUUAAAUUUCGCAAUAAUACCACAAAUGUAGUCAGACAGAUAUGCCAACACGUACGUAUGUUUUUAACAUAGGAUAUAUGUUUUUAUUUAGGAUUCUCGAUUCUUGUAUGGUUUACUCCAAGCGAAAAACAAAAAAUAUAGUGUAAAUAACAAGCUUCCGUCGUAGCGAAUUACGUGUAUUGUAUGUAUUUGAAUAGUAAUAAGGCAAACCAAACAAAAAAACAAAGUAGAAUAGAAAGCGAUAGAAAAAGAAAAACUACAAUUUACAGGGUGAUUUUUAUGAAAAUUCAGUUGUAUGUUUGAAAAACGAAAAUUAGCAUUAACAAAACCAAGUUGACGCAACGACUUUCAGCUCGAUUUGAGUUGCUUAAAAUGUUGUAAAAUAUUCUUUCAGCACAACCCUGUAUUUGUUCAUCAUCAUUAACCCUCUUUUUUCAGGUGUUGAUCGAAAUUCGAAAGUUUUUUACAUUUAGUUGGAACGUAACAAACAAGCUUUAAAUUAUAUAAUUUUUAUAAAGAUAUAUUAACGAUAUACAAGUGAGGCGACAAAAUAAUAUUUAACCAAGCAGAAAAUAAAUUAAUUAUACAACAACGGGGCUCCCGAGAGCCACAUUUGAUUUAUUAUAUAUAUUGAGGUAGGUAUACAUGCAUAUGCAUAUGCAUUUAUGUAUGUAUAAUUAGACCUAAGCAAAUUGAGUGUGUGUUUAAAACAGCAAAUCGAAAAAAAGAAAUAUAUACAUAUUUAGAUAAUGAUACCGAAACAUAUAUAGGAAGGAUAACGUUAUGUCUAUGUUUUGCUUCGUGUAAAGUCUACUGUUAUAUGCGCAUACAUCUAUAUACACGCAAACAUAUUCUCGUAUAUAAACAUAUGUAUAAUCAACUUAUAUCCAAUAUGUAUGUGCGACACAAGCGAACCGUAAAUUAAAAUGCUGAAUACGCGAAAACCAAAAACCAUGUAAAUUACAUUAAAAACUACACAAUGCUAACACGCAUAUUCAGCCGAGCUUUCGUUUUUAUUUAAACAAAAAUAUAUUUAAACUGAUUUUUACAUGUCAGACAAUACAUUUUAGCUAUGAGUUUAUCGCGUUAUGCUCAAAAAGGUUUAUCAAAAUUAUUAAAAUAAAGGGGCCUACAUUUUUAUGUUAAUAAUUUGGUACCAUAUAUAAGUUAACAUUUAUUCAUAGAAAAUAUUUAUUAAUUACUACAACAAGAAACCCCGGAAGCCCGGCUGACAUACACUUUACAUUACUCUUUACUUACGACAUGUCACACAAAAAAAACCGGAACCCAUACAAGCUAAAAUGUACAAAAUAAAUUAAAAAUAAAUUGAAAGAAAAUAGAAAUAAAUAAAAAUCUACCCAUGUAUGCUCAAAAUCGAAUGCUCAAUAAGUGUACGAACGUAUUUGAAUAUAUAUCUCAGCAUCCACACUUAGUCUUAACACUUAAUCGAGUCGAUAACUUGACAGAAUUUUUGGUUGAAUGUUCGUGAAUCUUCAAUGGUUGUGCCGAGGCAUCUCAAGUAAGCGAAAUGAACUUACUCAAAUGCAUUACACACAUCUCCAGGAGACCCCUUCCCUAUACAUGCAUAUGUAUAAAUACACAGACACCUGCGAACAGGAUUCCCAGACAUUUUUGUACCCUGAUGACAUUACCUUGUGUACCUAAAGCCCACAACCUGAAAGAAAAGAGUUACAUAUGCAUAUAUCCGCAGAUCGUUGUUGAUUGAUUGUUGGCACUGGUUCAGUUUAAGCUUUUGAGGUUUUGAUUUGGAAGGGAAAUCUAUUUCCAAUUCGGAUUUGUGAUAGUUAUGUUAUGGAUUUAAAGAAUGGGUAAUUUUCAAGAUCGAAAACGGUUUGGGUGUUUAUAUCCGAUUCAGUUGAAAAGAGAAGUUGGUGGAUAUUCGAAAGAUAUUUCAAAUCUUGUAAUUCCUCAGCAUUGGGCUUGCUGAUAGGGAAUUAAGGGUAUUUGAAGUUUAGAACCAGGUCAAGGCAUUUACAAAGUGGCGAGAUAAAUCACUGUUGGCAGCAUUAACGAUUUUGAUUGGAAUAUCAGUAGCUUUGCAUACACUUCAUUUCUCAACAAUAAAAAUUCGCAACGAAGUUUAGAAAAAGAAACAUCAAUGGUAUAUAAAAAAAUAUAUAUUUAAAGACAAACUUAAGUGAACUAAGUAAAGAGAUCACACAAUAAAUGGUAUUUUUAUAUACUACAAAAACCCCGAAAAAAAACAUGAAAAACCAAAUGACAAAAAUGCAAGUUUAGUGCAUGCGAACAGGCUUAAACUUAGCUCUAGCUAUAAAGUAUUAUUAAAAUAAAAACAAAAUUAAUGGUUUUCAUUUAAAUCGUAAAUUAUUUUGUUACAUUUAACGAGUAAAGGAAAAACCAAAAAAAAAAUAAAUAAUAAACAAGAAACAGAAACGCAAAGACUAGAACCACAUUUUGUAAGCUGGAUCGAUUGAGUGAUGGAUUGGUGGCAAGUAAUAUAUAAUGCAGCAUAAGCAAACCAGACAACAGCAAAAGUCCAUUUAGAAAUGCUACCACACACUCAAGAGCAAACGAACGUAUUGUCAUAACUUGCUGAAAAAAAACAAUGUCGGGCAGAGAACGCGAACCGGAACUUAAGGAUUCCACUCACAUAGUAUAAUUUCUUCGGUCUAAGCUAUAGAGAAAAUACCAGCUAAGAAUCUUAUAACUGACACUUACCAUGCUCGUACUACCCCCUCACACUCCACUUUCCCCCGCCAUCCAACUUCGGAUCUCCACAUUUUCUAUGCUUUCCCUACUUUGUGAGUCGAGAGGAAGUGUUUUGAAUUAUCUAAGCAUAAGCACAUUUCACAAGCAAAAUCGAAAAUCGAAAAAGUAUAAAUAUAUCUUAAUGGCAUAUAUAUUUGGCGCUAUGGAGUGGAGAACAAUUUUAAAGUUGGUAGCGUGUAAGCGCUGGAAAUGCGAAAUGACAAAAACUGAGAAACCGAGAAAAUAAUAAAAGUGAAAAUUCAUGUGUACAAAAAAACCAGAUUGAAUGUGUUUUUAUUCCGGGCACAUUUCUUCCUCUGCCAGUAAAACCACUUUCCGCCUAAUUUUCUUUGUAAUUUUCUUUUAUUGAGUUCUUUUUUAGAUUGGAUUAUUUUCCUGUUUUUCUUCAAUUUGUUUUCAUUCAUUUCAUUACUAAAGUCAAUUUCUUGCCAUGGCCAAUAAGAACUAAAACUUUAUAUAGCUUACAAUUGAUUUGUAUAGUUUUAGUUUCUCGCCCCUGUCACGAAAUACGAAUCGUAUUUUUAUUGGAUAGUUUUUUUAUUUUUCUAGAAGCUAAUUGAACGUUUUUAUUUAGGAAAAUAAAAAGAAGAACGUGUUGGUAUAUUUGUAUUAUUAUUUUGGAAGUGUAUUUUAUUGAUGCACUGCAAUUUACAAAUCGAUUUAGAAAUAAAACAUAAUAAAUUCUAGGCAUAACAUAAGAUAUUUAAUAAUUGCACGAAAACGAACCCGAGAACGAACUAUAUCCUGGCCGUAACCCGGCCAAUAUUACCUGGCCCAUAUCGAUCAAACGAGACGGGAAGCAAAAGUCCAAAGUGGAGGAAGAGUUGGUUGAUGACCCGAUUUCCUACUGACUGGAUGGAAUGUUCUUACUAUAUGUGUCUUGGUUUCUGUGUGUUUUUGUUUGUUUGUUUUGUUUGUAUAGGUUUUAGUUUUGUUUUUUUUUUUUUUAAUUUAUCGCAUUUAAAUAUAAAUUUCAUAAUCAUGUUUCUCUAAUUGCGUUUCUCACAAAAAACUUCAUUCAUAGUUUGUUAUUUUUUGGAAACUCCAUUUCUGGCUACGCUUAGAUUUAGUUUUUAGGCUGCAAAUGCUAAGAAAUUAUGUUUCUGAUGUUUAUAUAUAAAUAUAAUUUUUUGUUUUCAUUAAUUUAUUAUCAUUAUGAUUUUUUUGUAGUUUUUUGCUUGUGUUUUCGUUUUUUGUCAUAUACAUAUACAUAAAUUGAAUUUUGUAUAUCUGAAUUUUUGUCUCCUGUCGUAUAUAAUUCCGCUCCUUCUGCUUUGUUUUAUAUAAAUUGAAAACUUAAUUGUAAAUGUAAAAAUGUUAAAACUACAUUCAAUUAUAAAUAAUGUUGGUUUUUGUUUGUCGUAUUAUUUAUAUGCAAUGUUCGCUCGUUACGUAAUAAUAUUUAUAAUUAAUAUUAAUUAAUUAGCAUAGUUUACGUUACGUUUAUGUAAUUUUUAAAGCAAUAACAAGCCAUUUCUUAUAAUUUCAUUUAUUCUCUUUACUAAUCAUUGCUGAAUUAAUCGCUUUUGUAUGUCUUCAAAGUUCUUUUUGUAUAGUUGGUUUUGUAUGUAUUAAUUCAUGCAAAUUGCUUCAUUAUCGAUGAAUCCCGACCAUAAAUUCACUCGAUCCCCAAUCUCUUUAUGCAAAAAGGUGGAAUUCACUUCUACUUUGGGCUUUCUCCUUGCGCGUUUAAAUUAUUUCACAAAACUUUACAAUCCCGCAGAAGGAGAGAGAUAAGUGGAGACAACAACCGACACCUGAACUACAAUUGCAUCUGAAUAAUGUGAUGGAUGCCAUUUGAUUACCCCAUUGCGUUAAUGUCAAUAUCUUUCCUUUUUAUCUGUUAGUUAGCUAAUGCUCCGCGCGUCGUGGUUGUUGGAUGAUGUAUUGUGGCUUCUGCUGUUUACUCAUUGUAACAUAUAUAAAAAAUAU